GUAUUCCAUUUUUGGGUACCUAUAGCAUAGCUCAUGGUUAAUACCUCAUUUGGGGAUAAAAAUUGUCUUUCUUGGUGUAGUACUGUAGUAGGCUAGUAGUGUAGCUUCGUUAAUACCGUUCUUGUUUCUUCCGUACGCUCAUCUCUUCACUUCACUGAGCAUCUCCUUUAGGUUUCGCAACAUUCAAACCUUCAAUCCAGAAAUCGGCGCUAGGGUUCCUCAAUCGGCUUCACUCCCUUCAUCUUUUAACAUUAUUUUGUUAAGAUUGGAUUAGCUAUUUAUCUUCUCCUCGCGUGUGAGUUGAUAGUUUCCUGGAUUUGUGGGCUGGUGUAAUGAUUGAUUAUUGCAGAGCCGCUGCAGCUUAUUGUCCCAUAGACAUGCAGAGGGCUCAUUACUUGUUGAAGACUUCAACUUAGAACUUGAAAAUCAGGGCAGAGAAAAAGUGCAGCUUUGAUAUGAUACCGAUCAGAGGUAUGGCCGAUCAAGUGGAUUUAUUUUCUGGUCAGAGCGAUGUCGGCGGAGUUGUCCUAGCCACUUGAACUGUUGCAGUCUCUGUCAGUCUGUCCACAAAAAAGGGUUCCAGUCAGACCUAAUGCAACAUCUGGCUUCAAUGAUAAAACUGUUAAAACAUAUCAGCCAAUACCCAUUAAUUAGAAAGAGUGCAUUGACAUGCUCUUACAGUACAGCUGUUCGAUCUCCUCUAGUCUCCAGCCAAGGCUGUGUGAAGAAGAUUGUAUCUGCAGAUAUAGGAUCACCCAAAUUUUCAGGAAAAGAUGGUGAAGGUGAACACAAACGGAAAAUAGGAGAACAUGUUUCAAGAAAGGAUAAGAUCAGCAUUCUGGUAGAGACGCUUCUAGACCUAAAAGAUAGUAAAGAAGGUAUCUACACUGCCCUGGAUGCCUGGGUUGCAUGGGAGCAGAACUUCCCAAUUGGAUCCCUAAAGCAGGUGUUACUGAAACUCGAGAAAGAGCAACAGUGGCAUAGAGUUAUCCAAGUUAUAAAGUGGAUUUUAAGCAAGGGGCAGGGCAACACUAGAGGUACUUAUGCACAGUUAAUUCUAGCAUUAGAUAUGGAUCAUAGGGCGAAGGAAGCAUGUGAGAUUUGGAGGAAAAACAUUGGGUCGGACCUACAUUCAGUGCCAUGGUCAUUGUGCAGUCUCAUGAUUUCAGUAUAUUAUCGAAAUGAUAUGCUGGAGGAUCUUGUAAAGCUGUUCAAGGGCUUGGAAGCAUUUGGGCGUAAACCGCCAGAGAAGUCUAUAGUGCAGAAAGUUGCUGAUGCAUAUGAAAUGUUGGGCUUGUCCAAAGAUAAAGAAUGCGUGAUGGAGAAGUACAAGGAUCUCUUCACUGAGACACUGGAUGGACGGUCCAAGAAAUUUAAGGGAUUUCGGGGCAAGAAGAAAGGAGGAAGCAAAGAAGGAAGAUUGAGAAUGUAGUUAUUUACUUAUGUAUGCUUCUGUACAUCAUUCUACGUCUUCUUGAAGUUAAGUAAUUAAUUAUUUCGGCAAAAAAAAACCGCUCAGAGGUAUCAAUAAGAUUUUAUGUAGCAGAUGAAGCUUUAGUACACUUGUGCUUUCUAUAAACUUGUACUCCAUGAUGGCUUUCCACCUUAUUUGGCAGGGCUAUUAUGACGGGUGUCAUGCUACAUGCCAAUGGGAAAGCCAUGAUCAGAAAGCAACAGCUUAAAGAAGCACUUGAGGUUCUCACAAUGGGAGAGGUGGACAUGUGGAACUUGUCAUAAUUGAGAUCUUUGCUGAAUGCUUAGUUUGCCUUCGAUUUGGAUUAUGAAUGGGUUUCUUGCAUACACCCAUGAACUAAUUAUAAUAAUGACUUGUUUGGUUACUCGUGUUUUGGUUAAAGUAUAGUUUAAUGUUGCUUAAACUUGACAGAAAAAAUAACAUUACCAUAUUCUAGGUUUUAAUAUGAUAAAGAUUUAUCCUUCAAUUCAUUUAAGUAUAUUAGUAGUGUUGUCGAACAUUUGUUUUAUUUCAUCAUUGUGGUGGCCUCCUACUCUUCCAGU